AUGGCAGAGGAUUCCAAGGUUAAGGACAUGUCCCUUGCGGAGUUUGGCCGCAAGGAGCUCGACAUCGCCGAGGUCGAGAUGCCUGGUCUGAUGAACACCCGCGAGGAGUUCGGACCGAAGAAGCCUCUCAAGGGCGUUCGCAUCAUGGGGUCCCUCCACAUGACCAUUCAGACCGCUGUCCUAAUCGAGACUCUGUAUGAGCUCGGAGCCGACAUCAGGUGGUGCUCUUGCAACAUCUUCUCCACCCAGGAUCACGCUGCUGCCGCCGUCGUCGCCAAGAAGACCUCCAAGGUGUUCGCCUGGAAGGGAGAGACCCUCGAGGAGUACUGGUGGUGCACCCUCCAGGCCCUCACCUGGCCCGAUGGCUCUGGUCCCCAGAUGAUCGUCGAUGACGGAGGAGAUGCUACCCUCCUCAUCCACGAGGGUGUCAAGAGGGAGAAGGAGUUCGCCGCCACCGGUGCCAUCCCCGACCCUGCCUCCACCGACAACGAGGAGUUCAAGUGCGUUCUCUCUAUCAUCCGUGACACCAUCAAGCAAGACCCCAAGAAGUGGCACAAGGUCGCUGAGCAGUGCGUCGGAGUCUCCGAGGAGACCACCACCGGUGUUCACCGCCUCUACGAGAUGGAGAAGUCCGGAACCCUCCUCUUCCCCGCCAUCAACGUCAACGACUCUUGCACCAAGUCCAAGUUCGACAACUUGUACGGAUGCAGGCACUCCCUCCCCGACAGUAUCAUGCGCGCUACCGAUGUCAUGAUCGCCGGCAAGGUUGCUGUCAUCUGCGGCUUCGGAGACGUUGGCAAGGGAUGCGCCAUGGCCAUGAAGGCUGCCGGUGCCCGCACCAUCGUGACCGAGAUCGACCCGAUCUGCGCUCUCCAGGCCUGCAUGGAGGGAUACGAGGUCAACACCCUCGACAACGUCGUUGAGUACGCCGACAUCUUCAUCACCACCACCGGCAACAAGGGCAUCAUCAUGUUCGAGCACAUGCAGCGCAUGAAGAACAACGCCAUCGUCGGCAACAUUGGUCACUUUGACAACGAGAUCGACAUGGCUGGCCUCCUCAAGGGCGCCGGCGUCACCCGCCAGAACAUCAAGCCCCAGGUCGACCGCUUCGUCAAGAGCGAUGGCAAGGGUGUCAUCCUUCUUGCUGAGGGUCGUCUCUGCAACCUUGGAUGCGCCACUGGCCAUCCCUCGUUCGUGAUGUCCUGCUCCUUCACCAACCAGGCCAUGGCUCAGCUCGAAAUCUGGGCUAACUGCGGAGCCCAGAAGACCGGCAAGUUUGAGAAGAAGGUGUACAUCCUCCCUAAGGUUCUCGACGAGAAGGUCGCCCGCCUUCACUUGGGACACUGCGGAGCCAAGCUUACCACCCUCUCCAAGGAGCAGGCUGACUAUAUUGGGGUUCCUGUUGGCGGCCCUUACAAGCCUGAGCAGUACCGCUAUUAA